UGAUGUCUUAAGAGAAGCUGAAAUCUUACACAAAGCUAGAUUUAGUUACAUUCUUCCAAUUCUGGGAAUAUGCAAUGAGCCUGAAUUUUUGGGAAUUGUUACUGAAUACAUGCCAAAUGGAUCAUUAAAUGAGCUUCUACAUAGGACAACUGAGUAUCCUGAUGUUGCCUGGCCACUGCGAUUCCGCAUCCUGCAUGAAAUUGCACUGGGAGUGAAUUACCUGCACAACAUGGACCCUCCUCUACUACAUCAUGACCUGAAAACUCAAAAUAUCUUAUUAGAUAAUGAAUUUCAUGUUAAGAUUGCAGAUUUUGGCUUAUCAAAAUGGCGCAUGAUGUCCCUGUCACAGUCACGAAGUAGCAAAUCAUCCCCCGAAGGAGGCACGAUUAUCUACAUGCCACCUGAAAACUACGAACCGGGACAAAAGUCAAGGGCUAGUGUCAAGCAUGAUAUAUAUAGCUAUGCAGUUAUCACAUGGGAAGUCUUAUCCAGAAAACAGCCUUUUGAGGAAGUCACCAACCCUUUACAGAUAAUGUAUAGUGUGUCACAGGGACACCGUCCCGACACUGGUGAAGAAAGCUUACCACUUGAUAUACCUCACCGCGCACUGAUGAUCUCUCUGAUAGAAAGUGGAUGGGCACAGAAUCCAGAUGAACGACCAUCUUUCUUAAAAUGUUUAAUAGAACUUGAACCAAUUCUGAGAACAUUUGAUGAGAUAACGUUUCUGGAAGCUGUUAUCCAACUAAAGAAAACAAAGGGUAAUGCAAGUACUAUUCUCUUUUGUGAGGAGAAGAAAAUGGAGUUACCGCUGAACAUUCCUGUAAAUCAUGCUCCGCAAGAGGAAUCCUGUGGAUCCUCACAACCCUAUACAAGUGGUAGUCCUGGAACCUCGAGGUCCCUGUCCACGCAGGAUUUUUUAUCUAAGCGUGUGCAGCCCGGGAUAGCCCAACAGUGGAUCCAGAGCAAAAGGGAAGACAUUGUCAGCCAGAUGACCGAAGCCUGCCUCAACCAAUCGCUGGAUGCCCUUCUGUCCAGGGAUUUGAUUAUGAAGGAGGACUAUGAACUCAUUAGCACCAAACCGACAAGGACCUCAAAAGUCAGACAAUUACUGGACACCACUGACAUCCAAGGAGAAGACUUUGCCAGAGUUAUAGUGCAAAAGCUGAAAGACAACAAGCAGAUGGGUCUUCAGCCUUACCCAGAUAUAUUUGCCGUUUCUAGGUCACCUAAUUCAAAUUUAUUUCUAAAUAAAACUUUAUAAAUAAGUGUGUUACAGGAAGGAAAGCCCAUUUUUGUAGAUUUUGUAUCUCCUUGUUUUUUGUAAAAUCCAUGUAUACUAGAAGCUUUCCAGAAGUUUCCUCCUCUCAGGACCUUGCAGUAUUCCUUUGUUUUUUCAUUAAUGUAAGGAGAAAGUGUUCGUUGUGCUACAUAGUGUUCUUGUUUUGCCUGUUUUGUUCCCUGAAACCAUUUUUUUUUAAAGUAUAGUAAUUGUAUUGUGCUUGUCCAGAAUUGUAUGUGUGUUUCUGAUGGGAACCUUUCUCACAUUCUCUUUCUUUGUGGAUUAUUUAUUAUUUUUCUUAAGAUGCAGUUUGGCUUCAUAAAAUAAUGUCCUUUUACUUAAAGGUAAUACAGCAUUCCUAUCCUACAGCCCCAGGUUCAACUCUCAUCUAAGCGGUUAUUCAUUUUAAUACUUCUUUAUCCAAAUUAUAUUGUUAAUUCAGUGUAUUGAGUCUUCAGUAAAAACUUUAAAGUAAAACAAUAUAAAUGAUAUCAAGAGAAAAUCACUUUAACAGCUAUUUCCUACUCUUGUUUCUACACUCCACCCAGUCCACUGACCCAGAUAUAACCAGUUACCAGUCCCAUGUGGAUCCUCUACCUUCCAUCCUGCUCGUUUUCAAAGUCGACAUUCAUUAAGAAGAAGAUCUUUCCUUCAGAUUUUUAUUAUCAUCAUAGCAUCUCGCAAUGUGACCUUCUUUUCACUUACUAGUCCGUCCUCCACAGCCUUCUGGGUGAGAUCUCCGUCUGACUCGUUCCUGGUCAUUGCUGUACAGUAGUAGCAGGGCUGCUUUUUUAUUGACUGUCUCACUGUAGACCAAACAAGAAAGUAUAUAUAAGCUCUAUUUUUGGUUAAUGGGAUAUAUCACUAAAUAAAAACCCACAAAGAAUAGUCCUUUAAAAAAGUGUUUUGCAAGGGCUAUCUCUGCAAAAAGUAAGAUAUAGCAUAAAUUUGAACAUACAGAUUUGAAGCAACAGACCCAUAACAUGGAAAAAUGAACAAAAAGUUAUUGUAAUAAGUAAUUUAUUAUAAUAAAAUUGAACAUUUUAUUACAAGUAUAAGUGGUUUCAUCUUCAUUUUAGAGCUUUAACUUAGGGGUGUCUCAAUAUUGGUUUUGACAAUUCAGAAGUUAAUAAAGAAA